CCGACGGCACACCCCGCAUUUUACGGGGUCCCACUACGGUACAAAGGUACUUCCAGACCACGCGCUUGAAGGGCCCAGUCUUUUUUGGUACCCCAGUGUUGAUCAAGGAACGCGUCUCUCACCAUGCGCUGCACUUUCCUCCCAUCGACCUCCACCGUGCAUCAAUACCCAAUCUUUCCACGCGGAGUUCCGGGAAAUUGAACAGCACCGAAUCAUCUGCAUAUGUACCACCGUCUGCCAUGGUUUUCGCCGCCACUGAGAUGCCCUAAUACAAGUAUAUAAUCUUACCAACUUCCCAAACUCCCCGAGACCCAAGACCGACACCGACCACCUCAGCCAAGUACCCUGCGACACAUUCACGAUGCCCAGACCAAGAAAAUCACGGGUCGCGCCGUCGCAACCUACGGCGACCAGCUCCUCCGCCACACCACCAGUCCUUGCCAAACCGACUGCCAAAGACCCAAGCAGCGAUAUAUACGAUGUCAGUGAUCGAGAAAAGGAACGUGCCAAGCGCGCCGCCGCUGUUGAAGCAGCUAAAAGACAAAUGAAUUCCGACCAGGUUAAGGCGUUGGAGGACUCGACGCGGAGGGCAGACCAGGCCAUGGACCGGCUGGUCAACAUGACUUCAACAACUGGUACUGCCGACACAGACGAGAAUCCCGAUGCUGCGACUUCCAGACGUGAAGAAAAGGAAUCCACCCGACCGAGCCCACGAGCGCCCCGGCGACUAACAGGCGAUACCUCCGGCUUGGACCUGGAUGACGAUAUGUUCGAUCUUGACGAUAGCCUCGAAGACCCUACGAUUACCACAAAAAAUGCCGGUGGCUACCGGUCCGCCAACACUUCUUCGUUCGAUGUCGGUCUCUUCCAGCGCCACCGGCCACGUCAAAACAGUGUAUCAGGCAGAGAUGACGGACCCGUUAGGCCAAGUAGUAGGGGGCCAACUACACCGAGCGUCAUGUCUACACUUAAUCUGGGUCUUUUCAAGCGACGAGCGCGUGAGCCCAGUAUCUUGGGAACCGCACAGAAGGGACGAAGACAGAGAUCUCAGUCCGUGGCCUCACAGGUGUCACGCAUUCCCAUGACAGAUGACGAAGAUAACAUGGACGUGGAUCGAGAAGCUGCCGUCGAAGACGACGACUCAGGACCAGACGGCGAGUCGACACCGCUCGACAGGACGAAGAGACGGUCUGGUGCCAGUGCUUUCACAGGUACAGCUUCGGGUGCUGAUAUCACGAUUCCGGCUUCUAUUGGAGCAAUGCCUGUCGACGAUGAAGAACUCACGGAAACCGGGUCUCCGUCACGGCGCUCGAAGAAACGCAAGUCACUCGAAAGCCACUCUGGUCGAAGCAAGCGAGGCAGAUCAUCGGUACAUGAGCAACCUGUUCCUGAACCCGAAGAGGAAGAAAAUGAGGUCAUUCACCAGUCGAUAGAGAUGCGAGAUGGAAGCGACAGCCCCAUGUCAUCGCCACUCUCAACACCCGCCCUCUCGCCUGUCCCGGACCAUAUGCCAUACAGUCCUCCCAGGCAGUCCAGGCCACCCCUCGACCCUAACGACCCGGUCAACGCACCACCCGCAAGCGAUUCCUCAGAAGCUGGAAGCCCGGUGGCUUGGCCAUCACUCAACAACCUGACGCACAGGUCGUACAACACCCGGCGAGCAGCACCUGUUUACACAGAGCGACUUCAGACCCCCGAGUUACUACCAGGUCUGGGCGCCGGGCCAGUCGGAGCUAUUGACGCGGACAUGUCCUCCGAGCUUUCAUCACCCCCCUCACUCACACAUUCACCAAAUUACAAGGCUCCCAGUAUCGCGAAAGCCUCAGCAGCUGCAGCCGCAGCAACAAAAAAGGCCGCCAUAGCUGCGAAGAAGAGAGAAGAGGAAAAACUAGCAACAGAGGCGCUGACGAGCUUACUGCCCGCCCGACGAAAUCACGCAAAACCCGACAAAAAGCACAAAAAGGGGCGGAACAAGGAGAACCCUUACGACAUCACCAGUGACGAGGGCUCCUUCUCCGAAGACGAGACUGCCGCCGACGGUGACGAACUAUCAUACGUCGCCACCACUGCCGCCAGGAAAAAGAAGGAAAGGACGCUUGCUGCCGAGAAGCAGAAGCAGCAAAAGGAAAAGGAAAAGCAGAAAAAGAAGCCUCCACUUGGUACAACUACCAACGGCAAAGCCGCCGCUAAAUCCAAAUCCGGCUCUUCGGAGCCAAAGCGAACGUACGGCAGAGCGAGCUCCGAUAAGGAGAACGCUGAUGGUGGUGUUGUUGCUGCGGGUGGGAGCGGGGACAAUGAGGAGGAGGAUGGGGACGAUAAUGACCAGGAACCAGUUUCUGCAAUGGACCUUGAUGAGGCUGAGGAGUUGCCGGAAACGACGCAGAUGAUGACGGAGAGACUGGGUGAAGAGCUGCAGAAGGCGGCGAAGAAGUUUAAGGAGGUGGAUAAGUGGGAGUUGUCGUUUGAGGAGGUUACGCAGCCGAGCUCGCCUGUUCCGGAUGCUAGGUGAUGUGAUGAUGUUGGAUAAACUGGGUUAGGGGGUUGGAUUUCAUGUGAAAUGACUUUUUCACGCAAUUACCGUUGUGGAUAGUGUUUUUAUUGUUUUAUACGAGGGACGGACGGGUGUCUGGUUUAUUAGCGUUCUGUAUACCAACUGGCGGAAAGCCGGAUUGUUUUGUCUACAUCAGGUCUUACCGAAGGAGCUCAUUGUCGACAUAAACGCGGUUGGCAUGGAUAAGCGUCUUGAAUUGCAAGUUUUGUCAAAGGAAUAGUCACGAAUCCUUUAUGGUAUUCC